AUCGAAUAUGUGCUGACAGCCGAGCACUCGCUGGUACCUGUUUCACAACUGGUGGAAAAGUAUAAGAUCGGUGCAGAUCAUCAUCGAAUUCGCCUCGUUCAGUCAAAUAUUACGCAUUCAGGACCACUGGACAGUUCUUGUGAGAUGAGUUUUACACCACUACGAAUCGCCGUUGUGACAUGUCGUGACACAUUUUCGGAGACAGUGCUGCCGACAGUUCCGAUGGCGGAAUACGGUACAGCUGCAAACCAUGUACAGCCUCAGCCGAUGGCAAGCAGCACUUCGUCGCCAUUUGCCGCUCACUCCAUCAUCUGA